AUGAAGCGCAAAUUGGAUGCCAACGAUGUGCCCUCUCCCGAGCCUGUCGAGGCCGGGGAGAAGGAUCUUGAUUUUGAGGCCUUGGGCCUUGAUCCACGUCUGCGCCAGGCUCUUAUCAAGGAAAACUUCAGCAAACCGACACUCGUCCAGGCCAAGGCUAUCCCGCUCGCUCUCGAGGGCAAGGAUAUCUUGGCACGCGCAAAAACGGGAUCCGGCAAGACUGCUGCAUACGUUUUGCCCGUAUUGCAAGCGAUCCUUCAGCGCAAAGCUGCCGAUACGUCCUUGAAAGCCACCACUGCUCUCAUGCUGGUUCCAACCCGUGAGUUGGCAGAGCAAGUUCAAAAAGUCAUCACUUCUUUCGCCGCUUUCUGUGGAAAGGACAUCCGUUCCGUCAACCUAACACAGAAGGUCUCCGAUGCCGUUCAGCAAACUUUGCUGGCAGACUUCCCCGAUAUUAUCGUCUCCACACCCACCCGCGUCUUGACGAAUGUGAACAACUCGGCUCUGUCGCUUGAUAAGCUUACCCAUCUCGUGAUUGACGAAGCCGACUUGGUCCUUUCAUACGGAUACGAUGAGGAUAUCAACGCUCUUUCGAAAGCCAUUCCUCGUGGCGUGCAGACUUUCCUCAUGAGUGCCACUCUCACGUCGGAGGUAGAUACCCUCAAGAGCUUGUUCUGUCGAAGCCCUGUCAUCUUGAAGUUGGAGGACAGGGAAGAGAAGGGUGCCGAGAUCAGCCAAUUCGUGGUCAGAUGUGCCGAAGACGAAAAGUUCCUUCUUACAUACGUCAUCUUCAAGCUACAGUUAGUCAAGGGCAAAGUCAUCAUCUUCGUGUGCGAUGUGGAUCGUUGCUACCGUGUGAAGCUGUUCCUGGAACAGUUCGGUAUCAAAAGCUGUGUGUUGAACUCGGAGCUCCCCAUCAAUUCCCGAGUGCAUGUUGUCGAAGAGUUCAACAAGGGUGUGUACGACAUCAUCAUCGCCGCCGAUGACCAGGAGGUGAUGGGCACACCAAAGCCAUCGAAGAAGGCCAAGGAGGCUGAGGAGAGCGCUGAAAACAAGACGGAAGUUGGAAGCAGCGAGGACGAAGAGGACGUGGAAGAGUCCAACGGCAAGCAGAAGACCAAGAAGCGCAAAAUGUCCAGUAAAGAGAAAGACUAUGGCAUUUCGCGCGGCAUCGAUUUCCGAAACGUCGCCUGCGUUCUCAACUUCGACCUCCCGACUACCUCAAAAUCAUACACCCACCGGAUUGGACGAACCGGCCGUGCAGGCAAAGCCGGAAUGGCCCUUUCGUUUGUGGUUCCCGCCGACCAGUAUGGCAAACACAAGCCCACGUCAACGUCGACCGCCAAGCACGAUGAGUCCGUGAUCGCAAAGAUCAUCAAGCGCCAAGCCAAGAUCGGGAAUGAAGUGAAGCCUUACCAUUUCGAAAUGUCACAAGUCGAUGCCUUCCGUUACCGUAUGACUGACGCUCUGCGGGCAGUGACACGUUUGGCCGUACAGGAGGCUCGAGCCCGCGAGAUUCGACAGGAACUGAUCAAAAGCGAGAAGCUGAAGCGGCAUUUCGAGGAGAACCCGGACGAGCUGCGUCAACUACGUCACGACGGCGAGUUGCGCGCUGCUCGGGUCCAGCCCCAUCUCAAGCACGUACCAGAGUAUCUGAUGCCUGCGAAGGGACGGAAGGGCAUCAGUAAGGAGGAUGUGGGUUACGUCAGCUUCAAGAAAACUGGCGAGAACCGUAUUCGCAAGGCUCGUGACCGCAACCGCGCGCGUGCGAAGGGCAAGAAAACUGGCAAGGUGGAUCCUUUGAAGACAUUCAAUCGGGGUCGCAAGUGA